AAAUAAUUGUUUUCAUAUUUUCAAGUUCAAGCCACAACGUGGUUGUUUAUAAAUAAAAUCGAAGAAUUUCAAACGCUGGCAGUUAAAACGAUCUUAGAAUAAAAUUUUCUUCAAACAUCGCAUCAUCUUGAAAACUUUCAUUCGUUGAACUUAUUUCAAUAUUAUUGACAUUUUCAGAUAUAUCUUUCACAAUACGGUUAUCUCAGUGCAAAAGCAAGAAAUCCAUCAUCUGGUGGUAAUCUUUUAGCUCAAGAGUCGUGGGAGAAUGCAAUCAAAGAUUUUCAAGGUUUUGCUGGCAUCAACAUCACUGGUGAAUUGGAUGAAGAGACUGUUCACAUGAUGACAAUGCCACGAUGUGGUGUGAGAGAUAAAGUUGGUUUUGGAUCUGACUCAAGAUCAAAACGAUAUGCAUUACAAGGGAGUCGAUGGAAGGUGAAAGCUUUAACAUAUAGAAUAUCAAAAUAUCCUAAACGACUCAAUCGAGACGAUGUCGAUAAAGAAGUUGCAAAAGCAUUUGGUGUAUGGUCAGAAUACACAGAUCUCACUUUCACAGCGAAAAAGUCAAAUCCAGUUCACAUUGAUAUCAGAUUUGAAACUGGUGAACAUGGUGAUGGAGAUCCUUUUGAUGGACCUGGUGGUACUUUAGCUCAUGCAUAUUUCCCUGUUUAUGGUGGUGAUGCACAUUUUGAUGAUGCCGAACAGUGGACAGUUAAUAGCGCUCGAGGAACAAAUUUAUUCCAAGUAGCUGCUCAUGAGUUUGGACAUUCAUUGGGUCUUAGUCAUUCUGACGUAAGAAGCGCAUUGAUGGCACCAUUUUAUCGAGGCUACGAUUCCGUUUUCAAAUUAGAUUCUGAUGACAUUCAAGGAAUUCAAGCACUUUAUGGUAGAAAAUCAGGAGGUGGAAGCAGCGGUUCAGGAUCAUCUGGUCCAUCAGCAAAGACUACAAAAGCGCCAGCAGCACCAAGAGAAGACGACGCCAUGUGUAAAGAUCCAAGACUUGAUGCACUCUUCAAUACAGGUGAUGGCAGUACAUAUGCCUUCAAAGGCAACAAAUAUUACAAACUCACAGAGAAUGCAAUCGCUGAUGGCUACCCCAAACUUAUAUCUGAUGGAUGGCCUGGACUUCCCAGCAACAUUGAUGCCGCUUUCACUUAUAAAAAUGGAAAAACUUAUUUCUUCAAAGGAUCUAAGUAUUGGAGAUACAACGGAAGAAAUCUCGACGGUGACUACCCUAAAGAGAUCAAUGAAGGCUUCACAGGUGUUCCUAACAACAUUGAUGCUGCUAUGGUGUGGGGAGGAAAUGGCAAAAUUUAUUUCUAUAAAGGAAGCAAAUUUUGGCGUUUUGACCCUCUUAAAAGACCGCCAGUUAAAUCAACAUAUCCAAAACCAAUUACAAAUUGGGAGGGAAUUCCAGAUAAUAUUGAUGCCGCUCUUCAGUACACGAAUGGCUACACAUAUUUCUUUAAAGGUGAUAAAUAUUACAGAUUCAACGAUAGAACGUUUUCGAUUGACUCAGCGGAUCCAGCAUUCCCCCGUCCAUCAGCUCAUUGGUGGUUUGGAUGUAAGGACACACCAUAUCAGUACUCAGGUAACAUGGAGUUGGAAACUCAAAGUGAAAACGAAGAUAUUCUUGGAAAUUUCGAUGCAGGAGCUGAUGAUGAUAGACCUGCUCACGAUUCCAAGUAUGAAGGAAAUAGCAGUACCACUCACAAAUUACUCGCAAAUGUUCUUCUUCCCGCCAUUCUUUUAUCUAUCUAUCGUUGUAUUUGGCAUUGAACAUCAUCAACAACGUCAACAACAUUAGCAAAUUAAAAAAAAAAUAAAGCAAUAGCAGUAGGAACUAACAAACAAAUGCAAUCACGUUUAAUCGGUGACUAAAUGUAAUUCCAACCAUGUCGUUGAACAACAAACAAAACAAAAGAUCAAAACCCUUCUAAGAAUGUUUAUAAGUUAUAAGCCGCCACAUUUUGAUUCGAAGAAGCAAUCCAACAUGGCAUCAAUAAUAAAAGUUUCUACGAUGAAAUAUGCGUUGUAAAAAUUGUUUAAAAUCGGUGUCGUGCUCGAACUUAAUCUGUUUCGCGGAAUCAUCGAAUUUUAAAUUGAUUGAAAAGUGUUUCCCGUUUUAUCCAACACCAACAUGUGCACUUGCAAUUGCAAAACAAAAUCGUAAAUUGUAAACAUCUGAUUUAAGUGCGAUGUCGCAUUAAUUUUAGGUGAUAAGUCGACUAUCCAGUGUCACUAUUUAAAAGAUUUUCAUUAUUAUUUUUAUAAGAAUCGAAUCAUUUUUUUCUGAUUUCACUUCACUUUUAAUCUUGUGUUUGAAUCAGAACGAAAACGACUGAAAAAGCUGAGAAAGAUGCUAAAGAUUUGUGAAAUGAAAUCAUUAAGAUGGAAAUUCAAUAAUAAUUAAAGUUACGCAUGAUUUCAAAUUUUAAAAAGUGCCUUUAAUUAUGAGCGUCACUUCGCAGUUUGUUUGAAGCUUUUCAAAACAAAUUUUAUUAUUUCUAUGAAAAGUUUUAACCAAAUCGGGAAAACGUUUGAUGUAAAUAUUUGUUUUAGUUCGUAAUUAAUUUACUAAGUAGUUGUUAAAUAUUUUUCGGACCAUCCGUAAUUUAUAUCACAUUAAAAUAUGAUUGAAUCAGCGGAUUAUCCAGUUAAUAAAUAACAAUAUUUUAGCGAAAACUUCUCAAGUCCCAGCGAGCGUUUACCAGUAUUAUAACUUAUCGCGCUCAUAGUUUUUAAGGUCUUCCAUGAAGGCCACAGAGCUCCCAAAAAAUAUCCACGGAUUUGAGAUUGUUUCGCAAAAAAUAAAUCUUAUCAAAGAAUAAAGAAUUUUUAGUUUUUUAAUAAAAGAAAAACGUAGUGAAAAAAAUUGUGAUUCUUGAUAGAAGAAAAAAAGAAUUAAAAUUAUUAUUAAAUAAAAACUAAAUUAAUUUUUUUAUACUUUUUCUUUCUUUCCUUUAUAAUCUGUUUACACUUUAAACUUAACUUCGUCUAAAUAUUCUUAGGUAAUUUCUAAUUCUAACUCUCAUUCUUUUAUUGUAAAGUUCGUUUUUAUAUAUUAAUCGAAAUAAAAUAAAAAAGAAAAGUUUUUAAGUUGUUUUGACUAUAUUUUGUAUUUACAAUCCUAAAUAUCUACAUACAUUUUUAUUCCGCAUCUUUAUUUGGAGUUUUUUCUGGUAUUUGCAUAUCCAGUCGCUCACUUUCGCUCCUGAAACAUUCAUCAAAUAAAAUUGUGGAGCGUCCAUUAACUGAAUAGCGGAAUUCCCUCCAAGGCAUUAUUCCUUUCACUGGAAGUGUUCUGACUGCUCCUUUAUCAAAAUAAACUAAUUUGUUUGUUAAUGGGAUAUUUCCUUCAUAAACUGCAACUUACUUUAAAUUAUUUCUGUAUAUUUUAAAUGCAUAUUUGUGAACAAUCAAUCUCAUGGCUAUGCAUAACCCUGCUAGACCAAAGACAAUCCAAUGGUGAUCACUUUCAGACAUUACAGUCCUUCCACCAGUCAUAGGUUCAGGUUCUAGUUUUUGUGAAAGUUCUUUAUUACUAAAAAGUCGAACGACCCAAUAAGCACCGACAACCACUGCCGAAGCUGAUGUUACAAAACUAGCAGAUAAAACAUAGAGCUGCAUUGGCGCUUUAUAAAUUAUCUUCCAAUUCUCAUUUAAAUUAUGUUUUAUUUUGAAUUGUCUUUCUGAUGAUUUAUUAAAGAAACUUCGCCUUUGAAUGCAAGAAAUAGAUGAUUUUACUUCUCUCCUAUAGUUGCGAACAAUUAAACUCAACAUGAUAAAAAUAAAAAGAA